AUGCCUGGACACAGAGCAGGCCGGGUCCGAGCGCCGGGGCUCCCUUGCAGCCUCUGUGGAGGUCUGGACCGGCGGCAGCAGGCCAGACACAUGCUGGUUUCAGAGAGCCUCGGGAGGCCUGGAAAGCGGGAGAAGGCCGGCGGUGAAUGUGCCAGGCUGCGGAACGGGCUAGAGAGUUGUAGUCCAACACUCAAACCACUACACCACACUGGCUCAUAUAGUUGGUCACCAGAAGUAGUGCAGCUGUGUAAGAAGUAUCAGAAUGAUUCAGUGGUUGGUAUAGAUUUAGCUGGGGAUGAGUCAAUAAAUGCUGAGACCUGCUUAGGACAUCGGACAGCUUAUGAGGAAGCUGAAAGAUGUGGCAUUCAUCGGACUGUUCAUGCUGGAGAGGUUGGGCAAGCCCAGGUUAUCAAGGAGGCAGUCAACAUUCUAAAGGCAGAGCGAAUUGGCCAUGGCUACCAUGUCUUUGAAGAUGAAUGUCUAUAUAAACAGCUUUUGAAAGAAAAUAUUCAUUUUGAGCUCUGCCCUUGGUCUAGCUACCUCACUGGUGCAUGUAAAACACCCUUCAGUAAUCAUCCAGUAGUAAGGUUUAAGAAAGAUGGUGCAAAUUAUUCCCUGAACACAGAUGAUCCACUCAUUUUCUGCUCCACUAUUCAUACCGAUUACAAAAUAGCUCAGGACUCAAUGGGCUUCACUGAGGAGGAAUUCAAGAGAAUUAAUAUAAAUGCAGCCAAAUCCAGCUUUCUGCCAGAGAAGGAGAAGAAGGAGCUUCUCUACAAGCUGUAUGAAGCAUAUGAUAUGAUAAAGAGCACAGAGUUCUAAUCUCUUUUCUGCAAACCAGCCAUGUCCUCUUAUCCUGGCAAUAUUCACGCACAUUGCAGACCUCUGUUUUGCUUCUUAGAAGGCAAAACCUAAACUUAGUAUUAUUAUUCUGUUUACUAUUAUUAUCCACAGAGUGGGGGCAUGCACUCAAUAAGCAGAACAGUAUUUCUAUGAUAUUUAUAUCAUUAUCUAUCUAUAGCAAGUUCCAUUGAUAGAAUGUGGAACUUAAAUUAACCCUAUUCAUUUUUAUAGACGGAAAACAGUCGUUUUUCAGCAACCUUAAGUCUUAAAAGCUGGAUUGCUGCUUGUAAUGAUUACAUUCCUUUCCACUCUGGCACAUAGGUUUUGCAGGUUCUGAUUACAAAAACAACUAUUUUACCAGAUGUGAUAAUGGGACAAAAAUAGACCCACAGAAGCAAAUAAUUAAAAUAAUUUUUACAAAUAAUUAAAAAAGAUAAUUCAUCUGUGACCUUACAAGGUGUUCCCUGUAACUGGUCUGCAUUCUGUGUGCCCCCAUAUGUGAAAGAGCAAGUAAUAAAAUUAUACAUUUCUACUAAAUGUCAUCAGAGUUGUGAUCCUUUGGUGGAAAAUCUCAAAUAGAAAUGAGUACGGUAUAUCACUUCAUUCCCAGGUAAUAUCAAAUUCUGUAGAAUUCAUAUCUAGAAAUAAUGGCUUCAGUCCAAAGAUAGUUGUAUACAUAUGGAAUUCUUCUGUAUACUUUAAGAAGCUUGGGAAAGCUUUCCAUACAAUCUUGUGAAUGUGGAUUCUUUUCCAGGUACGUAUUUACAUUUGAUUUGUGGACAUAGUUCUCAAUGUAGCAAGGGAUCUACACAUGAAAUACCUUUUUUGCAUUCUGCUUUCCCCUGCUGAAUUGGAGUGAAUAGCUGUAUCCAUUCAAAAUCCAACUUGCCAAAGAUGUCUUAAACUGAGUGUGUGCAACGAACAAAGAACCAGCAUUUUAAAACUAUACACAUAAACUGAUUUUGCAGAAGAAUCAAACUUUUAACAUACUUAGUCAAGUAUAUUUGCUGAAACACACCUUCCUCCCACCGCCCCCAUACACACACCUGUAAUACGGAAACCAUCCUGUUUGACUGGCAGUUUCGAUUAAGUUAGACAAUAAGAACAAUUAACAGCAAGAUAACAUCAAAUGGUGCUAGGUCAAUGUAUGUUAACUGUGGGUAAUUGCUUAAUAGUAUAAUAUGCAAACUAGUAAUGCUAAACUACUAGAACUGAGCUAGAUGUUCCAUGGAAUAAUUUUUCAGUGGGACAAGCUUGGUUGAAAUGCAAGUUCUUUAAAUACUUGUUAUGUUAUAUAACAUAGUUUAAAUAGCAUGGUAGUUAAAUGACAUGCUAAUAGAAUAAUUGUGUUUUGUGCAGCAACAUUAAAUAACCAUAUCAAAAACACAAAAUGAUCAUGCAGAAAUUAAAAGUGCCUUAUUUUAACAUAAAUAUGUAAUUUUUUUUUAGUCAUUGUGAAAUUUUAUUUUGCACAUUUAAAAUGCUAAUUUUUGGAGAGUUUCAUAUUCAUAAAGUUUCCAUGCAUCUGAUCAGCAGUUUGGGUCUUUACACUUGUAAUAUACUACAGAAUUUGCCUCAGUGAUUCACAGAAAACUUCCAUCCUAAAAUUUAAGAAAUAUAUAACCUCAAAUCCAAAUUUUACAUUCAUGAACAGAACAGAGUUCACAGAGUAGUACUUUCCCUUCUCUCCCUACUCCCACAUUUUUCUGCAGCCUCUUAAAUACUUUUUAUUGGUAUAAUAAAAAUAAAUAAUAUAUAAACAUGUUUAUAUAAACUUUAAGUUUAUUCCAACUCUGUAGGUCCUGUUUAAUGUCCUCCCAAACUUUAACAUAAUUAUCCUGAAAUAAUGCAGAGUUUUCCUCUGAAAAGUAACACCUAGGGGCUGUAUGCAUGGACCAAAAGGCCCUUGUUCCCCCUGACCUUUCAUCAUCCCAUUCGGAUGAUGCAGGCCAAUAGCCCCAGGCUAGGAUCAGGCAGAUCAGAUGCCAAUCCAGUGGUCCAAUCGUAACUCAAAAGGGCCUUAGCACAGGUCAAAAAGACCCACUGUUUGCCAGGGGAUUUCUAGGAAACCCCAUGGCAACACCCAGGAGACUGGGUGGCCCCGCAUGCCCCUUACCUGCCUCCAUUGUAGCCUCUACUGAAAAGAUCCCUGUUGCAACCUCUGAUGUGGAAGCAGGCUGCCUGGCCACAUGGAUAUAGCCAGGCACCGCAUUUCCAGUAGAGUUAGUGGUGCAAGUAAGGGGCCCAUGGCGGUAGUGAGUCUAAGGUGCAGCAGUGGGCAAGUAUAUAAACAUCCAUCCUUCACUGCACCAGCCUGGGGACUGACCUAGGUCAGGAUAGCACAGGCCUGGCCCAUGCUGUCCUGGCCCAUCUGCUCAAUGCCUUAGAUAUUUUACUUCUCUACCCUAAAACCUGACAACUGCAUUCAUUCCAUUUUUUCCUUCUUUACUCAUAUUCUUGUUUUUGUGCAUUAAUUUUAAAUCCUGCAAUGUCUGCAAAUUCUUCCAGAAUCUUCAAUACUCUUUCCAUACUAUCCAAAGGAUCUUCCAGGACUGCAAAUGCCUUUACUAUAUAACUGUGUUUGUUUAAACACUUCCUUAUUUCUAACAUUAAAACAUCAACUGACAAAAUAAACAACAGGGGAGAAAGCAGACAUCCCUGCCUUGUUCCUUUUUUAAUCUUGCAUAAAUUGGUUAAUUCUCCAUUAGUAUUCUUGCUGAUUGGAUAUUAUAAAUUGCUUUAACCCGGGUUAUAAAAUUACCACCAAAUUCUAUCUUUUCUAAUAGAGUAAGGGAAAGUAAGGGAUGCUUUUUCUGCAUCAAAAUAGUGUUGUUUUUCAUUAUGUUGUUCAGAUCUUCCAGGACAUCUAGUACUUGUCUUGUGUUACUCCUCACAAUUGUCUUUGAUGUAAGAAACAUUUUGGUCUUGAUGUAUCAACUCUUGUAAUACUAUUUAUACCCUUCCUGCCAAUAUUGAGGUAGUAUAUACUCAGCUAUAUGUCAAGGUCAACUUUUGGGGGCAAAAGUAUGGAUUUUGGCAUACCCCGUGGAUAAGUCAAGGGUCAAACUUCCUGAGGCAGCCCAGUUGCGGACAAGCUGCAGGGCAAUUGCUCGCCCCGCCCAGCCUCUCCACAGCGGGGCUUUCUCUCAGGGAGGGAGCCGGGCUGGGAAGAGGCUUCUGGAUGAGCAAUCACCCUGCCCAGCAUCUGGGGGAAAAGCGCAGCCAGGGAGAGGCUUUGGGGCAGGCAAUUGCCCUUCCUAGCUCCUCUCCAGACAGAUUGUCCCUUGUGGAGGCAGCCUGGCUGGGGAGAGGCUCGGGUCAAGUACAUAUGGACCUGAGUAUAAGUCGACCCAGGUUUUUUGGGUCACUUUUUUGACCUAAAUUUCUUGACUUACACACUUGUAUAUAUGGUAACAAUUUUGUACCCAUUUAAUAGAAAAAUGGGUUUAUAAUUACUGGAAUUCAUUAAAUCUUGUCCUUUUUAAGGUAUUAGCAUUAUUGUUGUCACCUUCUAUGGUUCUGGAAUUUUUCUGUCGUAUAAAAUCAUAUUAAAUGUCCUGCAUUGGCCAACACAAUUCUUCUUCAAAUGCAUAUAAUAUAGUGAUGAUAACCCAUCUGCAGCAUCCAACAACACAGAAGUGAAGAUGGGAAAUAGACUGUUGUAGCAAUAACACACAGGUUAAAUUCUACUAGUUGUUGUCAAAGUGAUGGCUAAGCACUCAGUUUCCAUGUGUAGUAGUAGUUGUAAAUCUUGCUUAGUUUGAGUGAGAUGUUGUUAUCUAGGAAAAUGGAUUCACACAAUUCUCCCCCUGCCCCCCAUCAGCAAGAGCUCAUUAUUCUGAGACAAUGUAUUUAGAUUUGGCAAACUGAUUAAAAGCCAGGGUGGUGUAGCGGUUUGAGUGUUGGACUACUGGAGACCAGGGUUCAGUUCCCUACUCAGCCAUGAAAGCCACUGGGUGACCUUGGGCAUGCCACACUCACUUGGCCUUAAGAAAAGGCCAUGGCAAACCUCCACUGAACAAAUCUUGCCAAGAAAACCCCACGUUAGGGCCACCAUAAAUCUGAAAUAAAGGCACAGAACAAUAACAACGGCAAUCUGAUUAACCCAUUGUUAAUGUAUUAAACUAUAUAUGUGUAUGCAUGUGCCUACAUGGUGACCCCAUGAAUUCAUAGGGUUUUCUUAGAAAUACUGACAGGUGGUUUUGCCAGUUCCUUCCUCUGAAAUAUAGACUACAGCAUUGAGUGAAUAAUGUAGGUUAACUAGAAAUAGUUAAUUCAAGUAGUGAAAGACUUGAAAAAAAUGAAUAUGACUCUAGCAGUACUGUGAAUUCUUGAAACACUUAAUUUGGAAUAAUCCAGAUUCAACAAGAUCACCUCAGAAUGUGAAAAUGUGACUCACAUUUCUAGUUGUGUGUGUGUAUGUGUGUGUGCUUUUCAUGUGGCCAUAUGAACAUAAUUUGGUAGUUUUCUUACUGUAAAGCAGUGCUUCUCAAUUAUUUUCUGUCAUGCCCCCCCUAGGAAGAAGAAAACAUUUCGCGCCCACCGCGCGACUGUAAAUAGUAUCAUUUGUCUAUAAAAUGCCCCCCUUUACGGAGCCUCGCGCCCCCCUGGGGGGCCCGCCCCACUAUUUGAGAAGCACUGCUGUAAAGCAAGGACGAAGAAGUAUGGUUCACCAGUUAUUGUUAGACUACAGCUUGCAGAAUUCCUCACCAAAAGUGUUGGUUAGGGUUGAUGGACGCUACAGUCCAAGAAGAAGGGACCCAUGUUGUCUACUCAUGUUCCAAAUUUAGUUCAAAUCAUAAAUUGCUAUCUGUGUUCAGAGAAAUAAUCCAAUUAACACUGUAGUGCUGGAAAUUCAUUAUAUGCUUUCACGGAAACUGAAAAUGGGUCUGAGGCCCUAUAAGUUAAGCAGAUGAUUGUGCUUUUAUUGAAAGUAAUUUUUUUUCAAGAAGCUGAACUUGAACAUGUAAACAACAAUAAAGUUCUCAAACUUGGUCUGUUAUAGUGUGUCUCCACAGGCUCUGAAUCCUGCUUCAGAGUACUGUUCUUAAUUCUGCUCAACUGUACUUGUAAAGCUUUAGGCUUUGUUGUUUGUUUGUUUUUUGAAUGCACAUAGUUUGGGCAGUUCUAAACUGCCACAAAUAUGAAUGUUAAUACUUCUGCAAUGUAAUGCAAGCAGGACUUAUUCCUGAUCAUGAGGUGUAUUCUCAGGCUGCUUUCUGUGGUGCUUACCCUUUAGUGCCAUAGGAAAUGACUGAAAUAAAUCUUUUGAGUCAGCUUGACCCAGGCUCUGUUUGUCAAAAUGUACUCUGACAACGUGUUGCUACAUUUUAUAUAUUAAAAUGAUUGUGGUUAUAUGUAUAUAUUAAUCAUUUUUGUGUACUAUAAAGCUAUAAGCAACAUUGAAAAAGUCAUAUAAGCUGGUGCUGCCACAUUUCAAAUGUUUAUAAAGGCUGGAACUAUAAAACUUCCAACACCAACAUCUGUGUCUAAUGAUUGGCUUUGUCAGUGUCAUAUGUGAGAGUAAAAAAGUGAGUCUUGUAUUGCAUGCAUCAGAAAACAUUGAACCAAUGAAUAAAUAAAUAAAUAAAUAAAUAUACUAGUGAAAAGGAAAUAAGCUUUUAAUGUAAAUGUAAGUGUACCUUCAGGACUCUGUACAGAGGAAUUACUCUAUUUUUGUAAUGCUAAUGAAAAUGAUUUUGUUUGUAAAGGCUUCAUAAGGUGUCAUUAGAUUAUGAGCUUCUUAUUUUGAAAUGGCUUUUCAUAAUUUCAUUUUGAGGAGACAGUUCACAUCCUGAAGAACAAAACAGACUGUCUCUCGGCAUUUAAUAAAAUAAAGUCAAUUGUAACUACA